CCAAGGAUGCAUGAAGGCAGAGGACAUUGCGCGCCCCUGGAAGCGAGCUGCUGAAGUCGCAGCCACUCCACUCCAUGUUUUGCCCUGCCCUUGUGCGCUCUGCUCGCUGUGCAGCGUGCGUCUCCGUUUCAUUUCGCCUUUCUCACACUGACAUCGGCGCAGAGCAGCUGUGUGUGCGGGAGAAGUUGUUGGCACGCUGAGCAACCAGGUAGCUUCUUCGCGAGGAUUUUAAAAAAUUUUUUUUUCUUUGGAGCUGUCGCACUCGCCGGGCUCUUUUUUUUUCUUUUCUUUUCGGAGGGAAGAUGAGGUGGACGCACCAGUAUCUGAAGUGAGGAGGCAAUAUUUUGUCAAUGAACAUCUGAGAUCGCGCUCAGCUGGGGGGGAAUCUUUUCAAUCAGCCCUUUGGAUUUCUUUUAUUCUGGCGGAGCUCGCUUUUCUCUUGACAAACCCCAUCAAGGAUUUUUCACUGAUGUAUGCGAUGUGGAGACUGCAAGUCGCCUUAUGUACUCUGUCGGUGCUGUCCCUGUCAUCUGGUGGUGAAAGCAAAGCGCGGAGCUGUAGCGAGGUUAGGCAAGCUUAUAACGCUAAAGGAUUCAGCCUCGUCAAUGCACCUCAUCAGGAAAUAUCAGGUGAGCACCUGCGUGUCUGUCCUCAGGGAUACACCUGCUGCACGUCUGACAUGGAGGACAAACUCAACCAGCAGAGCAAAGUGGAGUUUGAGAACAUGGUCGAGGAGAGCAGCUACAAUAUAAGAACGACGUUCGUCUCCAGGCACAAAAAGUUUGAUGAGUUUUUCUUGGAGCUGCUGGAAAAUUCUGAGAAGUCUCUCUACAGCUUGUUCACGCGGACGUACGGGAAGCUGUUCAUGCAGAACUCUGGGGUAUUCCAGGACCUGUUCACCGAGCUAAAGCGCUACUACACGGGGGGCAACGUCAACCUGGAGGAGAUGCUGAACGACUUCUGGUCUAGGCUGCUGGAGCGCAUGUUCCAGCUCCUCAACUCCCAGUAUCACUUCACGGACGACUACCUGGAGUGCGUCAGUAAAUACACGGACCAGCUAAAGCCCUUUGGAGAUGUGCCCAGGAAACUGAAGGCCCAGGUCACCAGGGCCUUCAUCGCUGCACGGACGUUUGUCCAGGGGCUGAUGGUGGGUCGGGAGGUCGCCAACAGGGUGGCUAAGGUAAACGUGGCCCCAGCGUGUGUCAGAGCCUUGACCAAGAUGCUGUAUUGUCCCUACUGUCGCAGCAUGCCCGGACUGAAACCAUGUCACAACUACUGUCACAACGUUAUGAGGGGCUGCCUAGCGAACCAGGCAGACCUCGACGCUGAAUGGAACCUCUUCAUCGACGCCAUGUUGCUGGUGGCAGACAGACUGCAGGGACCCUUCAACAUUGAAGCAGUGAUAGACCCGAUCGACAUCAAGAUCUCCGAGGCGAUCAUGACCAUGCAAGACAACAGCAUGCAAGUGUCAGCCAAGGUUUUUCAAGGAUGUGGCCAACCGAAGCCUGCAGGAAUGGGCAGGUCUGCGCGGGGUAUCUCAGAUGUGUUCAGUUCUCGCUUCAAGCCCUACCCCCCCGAAGAGAGGCCCACCACGGCAGCUGGAACAAGCCUGGAAAGACUGAGGGUUGUCUGGAGGACAAUGCAACACAGUGUGAUUGACAUCAAAGAAAAGUUGAAGGAGUCAAAGAGGUUCUGGUCCAACCUGCCUGAUGACAUCUGUGCCAAGGGCAAACUCACAGAGUCAGAUGACGAGCAGUGCUGGAACAGCCACACGAAGGGCAGAUAUUUCCCUGAAGUGGUGAAGGAGGGUCUAACCAACCAGGCGAACAACCCAGAGGUGGACGUGGACAUCACCAGGCCCGACACACUCAUCCGGCAACAGAUCAUGGCUCUGCGCGUCAUGAUCAACAAGCUGAAGAAUGCCUACAACGGGAAUGACAUCUACUUCCAGGACUCCAGUGACGAGGGCAGUAGCUCGGGCAGCGGCAGCGGCUGCUCCGACGGCUGCACGACAGAGUUCAUUUUUGUCGGAACAGAGGCUCCUGUGAUCGGGGCCGACAGAAGCGACGAACGCGCUGCAGUCGCGACCGCGGGCAAGUCCCUGUCCCGCGGACCCUCCACGCUGCUGGUGAUGGCCGCCCUCACACUCCCUCUCUGGGCAAUGCAGACUCAAUGGAGAUAAUACAGCGUGGCCCGAACACUGACUCCUAUGCUGUUAACGUAACAGUAUGCUCAACAGCAAGUUAUACUGCUGUUCCCUCACUGGACAUGUAGAACCUCCUGGAAACCUGUCGAGACUGGCUUACUGUAUGGUGUUGGUAAGAUUGGAAGUGAGUGCAGUGCCGCAUCCUGCUUGUCCCCCAAAGAAUGCUCGGUGCCAUCAGUGAACCAGCUUUUCGCGUCUCUGAAAACAAAACAAAACAAAACAAAAAAAGAAAAAAAAAAGAAAAAUGUGGUGUUUUCUCAUUAUUCUGAAGUGAGUUUUGAAAAACAUGCUUCUCUUUUAGGAAGUGAAACUCAUCUUAUGAUGGCUCUGUCAGCGAUUUUUUUAGAUGAAGGGGAAUCUUUUUUUUUUUUUUCCUUUGUAUGAUGAAGUGAAAACAAGACAACAGCUGUUUUAUCCUAUUAGUCUUCUCCCCCUCAGAUGAAAGGAGAAAGUUUUACUGUGUGCAUGCGUGGCUAUGAUGUUAACUGACAAAACAUUUGUUUUUGUUUUGUUUUGUUUUUGUUUGUUUUUUGUUUUGUUUUUUUGUUUCUUUAGGUUUUAUGCAGGCUACACAGUUUUUGGAUGGGUUGGUUCAGGAUAGUACAGCGCUAGCAGUUUACCAUUGGGUCAUAUCAGCGUGGCUUCAGGAGGCAGCAGGUCUUGCAGCCACUUUAUUGUUGCACAUUUGAUUAUCUCUACAAAAGUGCAAAUGUACUGCACUAAGAUUUGCACAGAUUAUUUUUGUUGGCUUCAUGAGUUUAUAAAGCUACAAAAAAAAAACAUCCACCCCAUAGAGGAAAAGAUUUAUAUUUUCAGAUCAUUUUAACUGAUUGUAUUGUACUUAUAGGGCAGUAACAGUAUGUAUUUCACUGGGAGGUACUCUAUAUGACUGGUUUGGUUAAUGGCUACAUUUUUAUAAAUGUAUCAUUUGUUUUUACGAGUUAUUUGAUCAUAUGUAAAAGUAAAAAAAAAAAAAAAAAUUAUAUUGAUAAUAAUCUGCAACAAGCCAUUAUACUACAAUUGCCUGCAAACUAAGUUCAGUUACCUGACGUACUCUCCUCUGCUUGUGGAGUUAACAUGCAGUUACACACUUCCUUGUGUUUUUAGAGGACUGAGAGAGGAGUAAUAUUAGGUACAUGCUAAUGACUUUUACAUGGCUCAGACACUUUUAGGAUUAUGAUUGAUUUUCUAUGAUUUUUCUAGGCAUGCACCGUCACAAACUGUAAUCCGAUUGGGAUUUAGUUUGUGGGUGAUGUCCGCUAACAGGCUUUGCAAGUUACCCCUUUGCAUCUCAUUAGGGGUUGCCACAUCUGAUUAUUUUUCCAAUCAGUUAACCUAUUCUUUAUUUUUUCAGUUAUGCUCUUGAUUAUUUUCUGAGUUGCUCCUCUACCGUUAAAAUUCAAACAUUUACUCAUAUAACAUGUUUUAACACGAAAUCUCAGCAGAAACUAUUUAUAAACUGUUGCCUAAAGAUACUACUCACGCAGUGUAGAUCCGCCUCGGAAAGGUGAAUAUAUUCUCCAAUUAAUUAGAAAAGACAGUGUUCGGCCCUCUUACAAGAUGUGCACGAUGCCAACAACUUUAAAAAGAACCAGGUUGGAGCACGCUGACCGUUCUCUUAGAACCAUGGUUAUAAUUCAUAACCUUCAUCCUGCGUCGUACAGGCUUUCGUCUUUAGGCUUUAGAGGAUUUGGAGGCAAAGCAAACAACCUGCGCUCCACCAGCACCACACUGCAGCUGUAGCAUCUGGUCAAAGAGAGAAGGUUGCUCCCAGACAUGUUUCGGGCCCAGUGCUGAAACAAAGGAGCAAACAUUAGAUGAAAAGACGGGUUUAAAGCAACCAGCCUCCUAUCCUAGAAUGUGCCUGGAGGAUCCAAACCCAUCUGCUCAUAAGCACCUGAAAUUUCACGAUUCACAAGUCCCUUAUUUCAACAGGUGCCGUCCCCGAAAGCAACACUGUAACAAAUUAUUAGCGGUAGCUGCUACGAGCAUCUCGGAGAAAUAGUGUUUUACAUAGCAAGCAAGCAUUGGGAACAGAGAAGAGUUGAAGCAAAAAAAAAAAAAAAAAAAUAUAUAUAUAUAUAUAUAUAUAUAUAUAUCAUCUGUCAUUGCAAAGAGACCCCCACCACCACAGAAAGCUCCCACUGCACCACAGCUGACCCCUAUUACCUCUCUCAAGGUAACUGAUCAUCAGACCGACAGGGUACAAUUAAGGCACUGAUGCAUGGACCUUAAUUGUGUAGCUCAACAGGAUGUAUUGAUCCAAAACUUAUGGAAAGAGACACCGGGGUGAUUAAUGGGAGCUCUGCUCAGUUAUAACUUACUGCUAGGUCCAUUUCAGUCUACCUGUUUUCAGGGACAUUUCCAGCUCCUUAAAAAUAAACUGUUUAGAAAUACCCGAAAGACAACUUGUUAAAGGGAUGUAAUAAAUACAUGCUGCUUAAAUGAAUUUAGGCACUUAUCUCGGUUCCCGACUUCUGAAAUUCUCAUGACAGUAUAUGAAUAGAAGCGGGCAUUCAUUUGCAUUUCCUCCAGUCAAUUUUUCUUGAAGUUUACUAAAAACGAGCCCCUUAUCUGCAUAAAAAUGAAAACCGACAGAAGUGUAUUUGGAGCACAGCAGGGUACUCGCCAAUACCGCCUGUCAGCAGCAACACUGAGAGACGACUGUGAGUCGGAGACUUCCACCCUUCCUGCCUUCCUAGGUCACGUCCUGGGUCAGUGUCCUACCUUUCAGUGAAUACUGAAUAUAUACAACGAUCAGGCAUAAUAUUAUAACCACCUUCCUAAUAUUGUGUAGGUCUCCAAAAUAGUUGUGCCUCAUCAGAUAAUGAACAUGGGUCUUCUGAGGGUGUCCUGUGGUGUUUGGCAAUCGAAUGUUGUUAGUGUGGGGGUCCCAUGGGUUCAGGGCGGGGGGGCCUCUGUGGAUCAUCAUCGUUGGAGGCCAGGUCCUUGUGCUGUUUUUUAUGUCUUUUGAAGCUGCAUCCUGCUGGGGAUGGCUGCUGCCAUCGAGGAGUGUCAUUGCUGUGGGGUGGGGACGU